AUGACAUGGGGUAAUCUUAGUGAGGGUGGGGACAUGACAUGGGGUAAUCUUAGUGAGGGUGGGGACAUGACAUGGGGUAAUCUUAGUGAGGGUGGGGACGUGACAUGGGGUAAUCUUAGUGAGGGUGGGGACGUGACAUGGGGUAAUCUUAGUGAGGGUGGGGACAUGACAUGGGGUAAUCUUUGUGAGGGUGGGGACGUGACAUGGGGUAAUCUUAGUGAGGGUGGGGACGUGACAUGGGGUAAUCUUAGUGAGGGGUGGGGACAUGACAUGGGGUAA